AUGCUUUCGGACAAGGUUGGCCCGACCGCGUUGUUGAUGCUUGUUUACGCGUUCAGUCCACUUCUGUGUUGCUUCAUGCUUGAGCGCUUGAGCCUUUGCUUUGACAUGAACAGGCAAUGUGCCGCUGGAUUUUUAGAGAUGACUAUUGUGUUCAGUGGUUUCCGCGGCCAGUCAGGUACACAGUUUCACCUGUGGACGCUCGAUAUGCCCAGUAUAAAUGCGCUCAUUUUCCUGGCAGAUGAGCAUCUCCACUCCAAACCUAACUCUACCGCACCACACGUGAGCCUCCACCGCCUCACUGGCCUCUUUGCAGAUGUUGGCGUCGAAUCCGAUGCCACCACCAGUACCACAGACUCAGAACACGACGGGCAGACCUUCACUGCUUUCGGUGACGUUUCUCUCACCGAUGAAUACAUCCUUCGUCCAGCUCCUCGCCCCCUCAAUCGAUUGCGCUUGAAGGUGAAGUGUCCGUCGUUCCCUAAGAAGCGUACUAGUCUUCAAGGACAGCCUGGUCCAACGCUGCAAAAUGACGUGUUGGUGUCUUCACCGUUACCUCUAUCCCCUUCCUUCUUUGUCAAUGCUUUGAAAAACUCCCUUCGAUCUGGCAAGCAACGUGCUGCUCAGCGCUCGGCUGUGGAGUCAGGAAUACCUUCCCUACCGGCUACCCCACCAGUGCUACGAGAGCUCACCUCUAGCAGCUCGAGUCCUUCAUCCCAGUCGUUUGAUUGCGAACCAGGGCAGUCAGUAAUCGUAAAGACUGUUCCCGAGGUCUCUGAACCAGCCAAGGGUUGGAGGAAACUGCCUCGCCGGUUGCCAAUUCCCAAGUGGGAUGUCGAUGAUUGAGAGGGCCAUGCUGUUGCGCUGCGCUUGUUCAUCGAUGUAGUUUUAUUAUGACCAUGUAUCACUGUGUCAAUACAUACCAUGUUCCAGAC